AUGUCUUCAAGUAGGACUCCGGCUUUCGAGCACAUCAAAUCUGCUGGUCACAGCGAGACUGCCCUGGAGACAUUUGCGCUCAAGCUGGUCCGAUAUGGAUCGCUAGCAUUUACCGCCAGCAUCUUUCUUCUUGUGCUCUCAUCUACAACAUCAUCUUCCCUAUCUUGGUUCACACUCCAUCCUCUCGCUCAGAGUCUCUCCGUCUUACUGUUCAGUUGGGGUAUCGCCCCUCUGCAACCACCCUCACCAUCCGCUGCGGCUGAACGUACCCGCCGAUUCGAAACACAUCAAUCGUUCGCUCUGGCUGGACAUGCUAUCUUCCUCCUUGGGUCAUUCUCGAUAGCGUACAACAAGUAUUUGAGAGGAGCUCCUCACUUUACAACAUGGCAUGGACUGCUCGGUAUCAUCUCGGUAGGUCUGGCGUUCAGUCAAGUCGCGGGAGGGUUGGCAAGUACUUGGGAGAAAGGGAAACUCGUCGGUGGAGAAGUCAAGGGAAAGAAAUUGUACAAGUAUCACAGGGUCGGCGGUUACGCAUUCAUGACGCUCUUCCUGUUUUCUGCCCAUCUUGGCGGAGCACAUUCCCUCUGGGCAACAAGACAGGAAGGGACCAUGUCACUCGUCUUGCGCGUGGUGGCCAACUGGAUCGCCUUGCCUGCUGUCUGGACGGGUCUAAUGCUGCGACUGAGACCAAGCAAGAUGAACAUCUUCUAG